AUGACGCAUACGCAAGAGAAACCAUAUGCAUGUAAAUUUUGUAACAAACCCUUUUCGGAAAAGAGGUAUGUGAUUAGACAUUUACGGACGCAUACGGGUGAGAAAAAGCAUACAUGUGAAUUAUGUAACAUUCACUUUGCAUAUAAGUGUGAUCUCACAAGACAUUUAUAUAAGCAUACGGGAGAGAAACCGUAUACGUGUGAAUUUUGUAAUAAAUCCUUUUCGGAUAAGAGGUAUUUGAAACGUCAUUUACGGACGCAUACGAAAGAAAAAGGGUAUGCAUGCGACGUUUGUUAUAGAGCUUUUUCUCAUAAAUCGAGUUUGAAAAGGCAUUUAUUUAGGCAUACGGGUGAGAAAUCGUAG